GCCUUGACACCCUCUACAUUCUUAUCUCUUCACAGGUACGAGCCCAGAACAGUGUUCAACAAUGAUGGAUCACCUAGAGAAGGUCAUCAUGACACGUCUCUAUCGCGACCUCUUCUGUCCUCCUUUGACAGAUGAUGAACAGAAGGAUCUAGCCAUCCAGAAUCGUAUUCGUCGUCUUCGUUGGGUCAUGCCCUCCAUGCUAGAUGCUGCUAUCAAUGAAGAUAAUACCAAUGUUGAGAGGCUGAUAGAGAAGGCUCAAGAAGAGCUGAUUGACAUGAACAGCAAGAGAGCACCAAUUGACAAGCUGAGUUGCAUCGUUAGAACCAGCAAGCUUAUCUUCCAAAUGGUACACCAGUCCCAAGGUGCACCGGCCAGUGCUGAUGACUACCUACCAGUCCUGAUUUACAUGGUAUUGAAGGCCAAUCCUCCGCAGCUCCACUCCAACAUCCAGUACGUCUCAAGGUUUGCUAACCCAAGCAGGCUGAUGCAAGGAGAAGCUGGGUACUACUUCACUAAUCUGUGCUGUGCAAUCUCAUUCAUUGAGAACCUUGAUGCCCAAUCACUCUCCCUGACCCAAGAGGAGUACGAUGACUACAUGUCCGGUCGUGCCGUGCCACCGGGUAGCGAGAGGAACACCGAACCUAUAUGUGAGGGACUACGUAUGAUGUAUGCUAACCUCUCAGCCCUGGAGGACUUGCGCAACCGACAGGACUGCUUGAUGGAGAAUGCCCUUGACCUUCAAAGAGAGCUGACCGCCUGGAGGGAUGGUGUUGUAGACAGAGUCCAGGAGGUACUGACCACUAAACCUCUUGUGGUCAAGAGGUUUAAGGUUCCGAGGCUUGAUGAUGACAUCACCCAGGAGGACAACAAGGAAUUGCCCUCACCUCUGCAGCCAGUAGUUGUACCAAUGAAACCGAUAACUUAAGAGUGUUGUAGAAAGUCUGAAGUUUGAUACAUAUUAGGAAGGAAUGUGUGUGGAAAGUAAUGUAAUGUCUCUGUAUAUUGAAGCAAUAGUUGAGUUUAUGGUGGCCGAAGUAUAAGGAUGCUGCAAACUGCAAAGUGUCCUGGGGUGGUAUUUUGGAACACUGUCAUAACUUUUGUCAUAAAUAUUGUCAUUUCUUUCCGAGAUGUGACACCGCUAUGAUUGUCACAAAUCGGUAUUCUGAACAUUGUCUUUUCCCUGUCAUAUCUCUCUGAGUUCCCGCCCAUCCUUUCGGAAGCAAACCAAUCAAAAUCAUUGUUAGAUCCAUUGGGAGCCCUUCUAGCCAAUAGGAAGGCCUCGUGGCUGGUAGGGCGUAUCCCCAAUACAGUUGCUGGCAUCGCGCAACUAAGCGUAUAUUGAUGCGCUUAAUUACAAAGAGAGACAGGGAGAUGUGAAGGAUUUUAGAAGAGAAAUGGAAAAGGAAGGAAAACAGAGAAAAAAGGAGGAAUUUAUAUUUAGGGCCUAACUAAUUGUAGCAGGAAAAAAUAAUUUUGAAAAUUGUCAUGGAUGAUGAGUGAAACUAAUACUACAAUCUAAUCUAAAUAAUAUCAUUAUAUGCUUGACAUUCAGUCGGUAGGGUAUCGGGUUAUUUGGUACAAAAAGAUAUGACAAAAUUUAUGACUGCUACUCCCCUGUCAUAACUUUUGUCAUAUCUGUUGCUUGUAUAAAAGGAUUACGCGCAUUUAAAGCCGCGUAUUUUUGGUGUGCGCUAAAGAGGAGAGAAAAUUUAUGACAAUUUUUGUGACAAAAGUUAUGACAUCCACCAGAAUACAGAUUUUGUCAUAUCUCUGAGAAAAGAUAAAAUAUGGAGAAAAGACAAUGUUGAGAAUACCGCCCCUGAACUAUAUGUGGGUGAUACAACCCAUUUCAGUAGGUAAUCCAUAAAUGUGCAUACUUAUAAUAGUGAUUGUAAAAGUGAGAUCUGCAUAAAGUUACCACCUCAAUCAUAGGCUUAGAAAAAGUAACUGGUUGGAUGUUCAGUGGAUGACGUCAUUGUACAAUGGGCUGAAUAAUCAAUAUCAAACAACCAAUCAAAUGACAAGGAUCUAUCUAGGUGUCAUAUAGUAAGUUUUGAGGAUUAAUUUCCUUGUAUCUUUAACGGUUGUUCAUACCCAUUGCACCAACUGUGUAAGGACUUGUGUAGAAAGUCCAAACUUAUGUGCAGAUCUUUAGACAAUGUGCAAGAGCAGCAUAUGAGGAUUAGAUGUUACAGUGAAGCAAUGAGAAAGACAUGUGUACAAUGUCUAGAAUGGCAAAAUGUUUAAUGAGCUUUGUAAAUCAUUCAGCAAUGUGUGAAAGAUAUUAAAGACAAAACCAUCUCUAAAAUGACUCGUGUGUAGAUUGUUCAGCACUGCAGAAUGCAUAGAUCAUUAGAUGAUGUGUAGAAAAUAUCAGAUGAUUUUAAUACCGGUAAAGUACUCUGUGUAAUAACUCUUGACUGUACACUAAUAAUGUUGGUGAAGUGUGCCCAAAAAGAAUCAAAUGAUUUUGCCCCUUGACCAAAAUUCUCUUUGUGAAAGAGGAGAUGUCUUGAUUCUGACUAUUUAAAAGCCUAUAGAUAAUGAUUUUUGUGGAAGUAACAUCCUCAUAGUUAAAUAUUAGAUGUUUGUACCCUACAAUUGUCUGUUGGUACUCUGUGUCUUGGAAAAAUAUGCUGGUAUGAUAUGACAGGAUGUUUAGCUGGAACAUUGGCGGAUCCAGGAGGGGGGGGGCAAAGCCGGCCUGUGCCCCCCCCCCCCUUUCAGGGGCACAAUCAAAAUUUGUAAUGUAAAAAUGCUGUUAAAACAGAAGUGUGCCCCCCCCCCCCCUUUUGAAAGUGAAGACCUUUUUUUUUCCUUGUCAAACUUUUUUGUUGAUGAAAUGUCCUUAAUUUUUGUAAAUAUUUUCCUCAGGAAUAU